AUGUUGGGGCUACAAGCCGUGUCAUGGGCUGUCGCCGUCUGCGCACGCAAGAUGGCCGGCCUUCUGUGGCUCGUCAUAUCGUCACGCCUUUUCCUUGCCCUCACCGCGGUGACGCUCACUCUGUCGCUCGCUUUCUUGCUCUUCCAGUCUUGGGUGGCAUGGUUCACAGAGCUCCCCGUCAUCUCUUCUGUUUUAUUCUGCGCACGGAGCAUCGCCGUCUUCCUUGCCUCGUGGCGCCCGGCUCAAGUCGCCCGUCUACCCGAUAACCUCCUUGGCAACAACGCCAACAGCGUCACCAUGGCCUUCAACACGUCAGACGUCACGGCGCUGAGGAUCUUCCCUCACGGUAGCGACAUGGACAAGGGCGUCAGGCAGCUUUCUGCAAUUCCCGUUGGAGCAGCAAAGGCCCACCGUGGUGGAGCGCGCCCAAGCUUUCAUGUGGCCGUCGUCACACUGGAGGAGGUCCUGGCCGAUGCGACACGAGGAAGCCGUGGCAGCCCGUGGCUGUCAAUGUCGUCGUCACUGCCGUCGGCCUGGGACGAGUCAUGGUCCCGCAUCAGAUCCGUGGUCGCCAAGAUGUGCGCCGAGGAAGCGAGAUUUGCCGAGAAGGCUGUUGCAAACGGCCUCUUGGUCUUCCAGCACGCCCACGCCCUGCAGAGGGAGUUAGCCGAGACGCCCGUGUCACACAGCAUCGCACUCCGCCAGAAGCGGCUGCAGUCCAGGUGGAAGGUCGCGUUGUGGUUGGAACAGCUCUGGCAGGGACUUAGGCACUGGGCUGAGAGCUGCAUGGGUCGCUGGCUCAUGGUAGGCGGGGCAUCUGCCUGCCAGAACCACCUCCACGACCCAGCCGGGCAGCAGGUUGAUCUGCGGCUUGCGACAUUUGGCUCUCUAGUAGAUUCUGCCCUGAAGACGCUGCCUGACCUCACCGUGUCUCUCGAACUAGGCCCAGCGCUCGAGGAAGACGUCUGUAUGAUGGGCGCAAUGCUCGGGAACGCGGUCGAGAUAUGCGAGGGCCGUGUGGCGAGGACGCUUGAGGCUGGGAGAGGCCAGAAGCCGUUACUAUUGCCUGGGGAGACGAGGGAAGCGGCGGUGCUAACACCCGACAUUGAUACCAUCGGGGCCGCUGCCUACGAGCUGCGGUACUUUGACGUUGUUGGUAGGACCGUGUGUGCUGAGGCGAAGCAGGCUGUUGGCACCUUUACGGCGACGAAGCACUCAGUCGUGUGGCUAGCUAAGGAGCUGCAGGCUAUCAAGGCAGCGGCUGUUCGUCUCCGGUCGUAUCUCCGCCAGGAGGUAUCCGGCGCGUUGGGUGGUGAUGACGAUGACAAGAAUCAAAGAGCGUCCUGGGCGGAGAAUGAGCUGAGGGUGCUCCUUGUCCCGAAGCUGAUUUACGGCCUGGAGCAAACCUAUUUCCGACAAGAAGACUAA